UAAUAUCAAUUGGCGAAGUAACAGUCAUUUGAAGCCCGAAAACGAAGUUUAGGCAAAUCCAUACAUUAAUCAUUACCAUGCUGGCUAAAACCACGAUCCUUGCAGCUCCCGUCGACACCAGUGACAGACUUCCCACUGGUAAUUUUUGUAGGAAAUUGUAUGUGCUACAACCCGGCCAUUUGUGGCGGCACCGCCGGACUCUGACAAGAGGUGCUUAGGUGCCCCUUGUCAUUCAUUGGCAGGUUCAUGGAAGAGCGCCUAUUGGCUAUCGUAAAAAAUUCUUGGCAGAAAUUUUCAUGGCUGCCCUGAGAAUAGACACUUUCCAAAAAAAGAAAACAAAAAAAGGAAGACAUGGCAUGAGGCAGACAUUGUCAUAGUUAAAUACAUAUGCACACACAUUUACUCGAUUUAUCAGAGCAGAAGGGUGUGCAUAGGCCUUGUGCACUGAUGCCGCAAGCCAUCUGCCAGUGGGAUGGUAAUGCCCAGCACUCUACUACAGAACUGCUACCUCCUGGUUGGAAUGAAAACCAAGGCUCGUACACCAUCCGAUACAUAUCUGCUCAAAAUAAUGAGCGAUAUUUGCUGAAGGCAGUCCGAGCAGACAACUCUCUUCUGAUUUGUGUCUUGAACAUUAAAGAGGAUAAAACAGCGUCAACUAGUCUGAAUGUUGGCAAGUACGUGUCUGAGGAAUACAAGGACUGCUCUCGGGCAUUCAAGGACUUGAAUGCUGUGGUUGAAAAGGUGAACCGAGAGGUGAUUAAUGUCCUUGAGCACAGUGAAAGUGAGAUUUCUGGUGUUCGUGGUGCUUCAUCAGCCACUUCCCAUGAAAGAGUUCUGCGCAUGCUCACAGGGCAGCCUAGCAUGGAGUGUCCUCGGGCACAAGAGCCAGCUCAACUGGGCCAGCGAGAUCUGGAUCCAUUCUUUGGGGGCCGCUCUGGUGGGGGGAUGAUCAUGGAUCCAAGGGAGCUUACACGGCCUCUACACCCCAACCCUGGAGCAACCAUUCCCGGCCUGCCGAGAGCAACAUUUCCUCCUGGGGCCCGGUUUGACCCAUUUGGACCUUCAUCUACUAAUGAUCCUGCAGGCUUCAGAUUUGCUGGGCCUAACCCGGACCAUGCUAUGAGGCCCCCAGACUAUGAUGACAUGUUUAGCUGAACUGGACAAGUCGACAUUUUGCCAUGGUCUUUGUCAGUGUGUGCGUGUGUGUGCAAAUACAGAGUGAAAAAAAAAAAAAAAGGAAGAUCAAGUGUGCUUCUUUUGUUAUAAGUGCAUGUACAGCAUUGCGGAUAGCCAGAAAAACGACAAGCUUGUCUUGUAUAUGCCUCUCGGAUGUUGUAAACUUUUUCUUAGCAAGAAAAAAGAACAUAUUUUGAUACAUUUUAUCUUGGAGUGUUUUGUUUCAUUAUUUGCUUUGAAUAAAAGUUUUGUCUCAGAAA